AUGACGGGCAGAAAGGCAUCUCUACUGCAAUUGACCGCGGUGCAGCCUCAGUCCCGCUUCCCCCGCCAGCCCCCGACUCACAUGCCGUCAGGGCUACCCCCGGGAAACACCUCCCUUGGACAGCCAGGCAAGAAGGGAAGGGGAAGUGGGACGGUCGAGCCCUCGCAAGGAGCACGUACUUUCACCACGCGUGAUGGAGACCCGAACUUUCCACCGCCCUCCCCGGCAGCGGAGCGAGAGGCGGUGUUGACCCUCGGCCGCCCCAAGGCUGCCCGAGCCGUCGCCCCCCGUGCCUCGGCGCCGCGUCGCCAGAGCAGCGCCGAUGAGGCUCUCUCGGAGCCCGAGGGAGCGGCAGGGCGAGUGCUGGGCGGAGGGAGGACAGCUGGGCUGCCUCGCAACGCUCCCUGCCCGCCGGGCCGCCCCGAAGGGGUCCGACCUUCCCCGGCCCGUCUGCCUGCGCUCCCUAGCCGAGCAGAAGCGGCUUGGCAGAGCCACCAGCCCGCGGGGGAGAGGCUGGUGGCGCCAGGCAAAAAGGGGCGGGGAGCAUCCCUGCCCCAGAGCCACCCUUCUUCCGCGGGGCUGCAGGAGAGCAGCCGGCAGCCCACCUUGGCCAGAGCCAGGGCGGAGGGGAUGGCGACCACCGUCCGCGGGGAGCGGGCAGAGAGGGGAGCCCGCGGCCCCAGCCCACGACCGCGAACAAAGCCCGCGGCUGCGCCGAGGGCUGCUCCGCGGAAGAAGUUGCCUUGGUUCCAGGCUACUUCCCCCUAA